AUGUAUCAUAUUAGGGCCAUCAAUGGUGAGUCAGUCCAUACUGGCCCCAAGAAAACUGGGACGAUAAUUCUUGGAGGAGGGCUGCCCAAGCAUCACAUUUGCAAUGCCAAUAUGAUGCAUAAUGCUGCAGAUUUCGCUGUCUUCAUUAACACAGCACAAGAGUUUGAUGGGAGUGAUUCUGGUGCCCGUCCUGACAAAGCUGUAUCAUGGGGAAAAAUGCGAGGCUAUGCAAAUACUAUUAAGUUUGGAACACAAUACAUGAAAGCUAGCUUCAACCAGCAUUUGAAAUGGUUCAAAUCUAGCCGGAAAGUGAUUUCAUGCUUUCCCUCUAGGCUUGUGUCAGUUGGGAACUUAGACGUUGCUGUUAGUUUACUGCUUUCCACUCCUCUUGAAAGCUCUUACUUCUAUGCAAAUGCCCUCCGUGCUGUUGCUCUUUCAUCCGCGGUUGUUGCAGCCAAUAUGGUCAGGACCGAAAGUUCAUUGUCUGGCACACAUCUGCUCUGUGCUGUUGGGAGGUAUCAAGAAGCUUGUUCUCAGCUACAGCAGGCUUGUCCAGAUGACUACACUAGUUGUGCCAGUAAGUUAGAUGCCACAACUUUGACGAGGCUUGUGUCAGUUGGGAACUUAGACGUUGCUGUUAGUUUACUGCUUUCCACUCCUCCUGAAAGCUCUUACUUCUAUGCAAAUGCCCUCCGUGCUGUUGCUCUUUCAUCCGCGGUGUCUAAGUCUCUGCUUAAACCGGCAGUAAAGGUUAAAUGUUAA